GAAAAAAUGGUUUGUUUGGUACAUUUUCCAGACUAUACCUCGUGCUUCGCAUUCGCCUGGAUAGCGAGCAUGCGCUUUUCCGCUUCGAAAUGGCGAACUCCAUCCAGCUCGGAUAAAUCUCCUUCGUAAAUUUACCGAACUGUUUCAGCGAACAAUAAGCUACAGCACGAGAAUUACGAUGCUAAAAUGAUUGAAUUUUGAUCGAGAAAAAUGAAGUGCUGUGAAGUUAUUGAUUUGGAAUUGCUGCUAUUAGGGGUGAUCGCCCUAGCUGGCGAGAGUGCAAGCGAAACGCAAACGCCCCACAAGACCAAACAGGCCGCCGAGAAGCUGCACGAUCUCUGGUGCUUCAAAUGCGACACCAUGCUCAACGGGGACAAGUGCUUGGACUUGGAGGGCAACGAUACCUACAUGCAUCACAAAUGCAGCAAGGAGCAGAGAAAGUGCCAGGUCAGGCGGAUCUCGAUGUCGACCAGCACCGACGAGGUGACGGGCAAGCCGAAGCUCUGGCUGUUGCAGAGGAAUUGCUCGGAGAGCUGCGAGCCCGGCUGCAUCGUCAUCGGCGAGAGGACCAAAUUGCACUCCUGCAUCACCUGCUGCGACGAGCGGAAUUACUGCAACGACGGAAGCGGCGCCGCCACUUUACCCAUCAUCAAUAUACAAUACCUUUUUUUGUUCGUCUUCGCUUUACUCGGUUUUUGUACUCACGAAAUUCCUCUAAGACUUAAUAGAUAGCAGUAGAUUGUAUGUAUAUCGCAAUAAAUUGUAGCGUC